UACAGAAUGGAUGCAAGUCGCCAGGAACAGAUUCAUCUGCGAAGCAUUGGUUCCGUCAGCGUCGACGGUCUGAUUUUAGCCCCUCCUCGAGGAGAGGAGAGGGGCACCGCUGAGGAACCCACGGACCAAUCGGUUGCCGGUAAUAUUUCAGUGGGGGAGCGAGCGUUGUGCGAGGAUGAGCCACUGCUGGUUGUCCCUGCUGCUGCUGCUUCUCCUUCUCCAUCCUCCUCUGCGCUCUCUGCUCCGCGAGCCGUGGAAUAGGCGUGUUUCCGUUCCUCAAACGCACAAAAGCACAGAGAAGAAACCCUAACUUCCAGGCUGACUGGUACCGCUUUAUUGUGCUGUCCUCUUCUACAUAAAGACAUGGAGCACCGUUUUCUGAUGAGUCUGUGGUGAGACCGGUGCAGUCCUGUCACGCCCACAGCGCCCCCUUUCGGCCCGGACGGCCCACCAUGCCCCGGCGCCUAUGAAAGGGUACCAUGUCAGCCGUAGCCUGUCUCAGCAUUCCUCUGGUGGAGGAGGAGGAGCUCCCUGCCACUGUGCGCCGGACGACUGUGACGGUCCGGGCAGAGACUACUACCAUGGUCGCGGCGAUGGGCACUAUUACUCGGGUGGUCCAACCGAGGCUCUGGCACUGGAGAGGCAUCACUCCCACUCUCAUUCCCACGCACACUCACACUCCCAUAGCCACUCUGGUACCUUCCCUCGCUCCCACCCCAGCCAGCACCCCUCUCUCCAGUCAUUUGACUCUUGUGAAGACUGCCUGUCUUCAGGCCAUGGAGGGAAGAUGCACCGUAUUCCUCCAAACCUAAUUGACCAGUUUGAGAAGCAAGUUCCCUUCCAUCCAGAUGGCUUCCACACCCUACAGUACCAACGGACUGCCAGUGGAGGUGCUGAGCAUCGUAGCGAGAGUCCCUCACGUAUCCGUCACUUGGUCAACUCGGUGCAGCGCCUCUUCGCCAAGUCCCACUCCCUUGAAGCACCUACCAAAAGGGAGUACAAUGGCACAAGGGGAGGCGGAGAGUACCGAGGUGAGAGAGGGGGAGGGCACAGAAGCGGAGGGGAGGACGUUCACUACUCAGGCCACCAGUCUCGCUCAACCAGAAGGAGCAAGUCUCGGGAGCGUAGCAAAAGCGGGGACUCUCGGCACGAAUCAGGACGACGUCACCGCAGUAGGACGGCUGGCUGGUGGAGCUCCGAUGACAACUUGGACAGCGAUAGCAGUUUCCUGGUCAGUGGGGGCAGACGGGGAUAUCCCACUGGACAUGAGAGUCUUGAUGCUGCCAUUCAAGAGCUCACCAUGAAGAAACCAAAGGACCGUGGCGGAGGACCCGGGUCUGGCGAGUGCAUGGCGUGCACCACAAUGGCUCUGGCCGGUAGUGAGGGUGGUGGGCACCACGGGCACCACGGUCACUCCCUGAAGCGGAGCACCUGGUCAGCCAUGACAGUGAGCCAGGCCAGAGAGGUUUAUCCUUCCACCAGGGGAGGAGCUUAUGAGAAAGCACUGGUGCCCGUGGAGAACAAGCUGAAGGAGAGAUCGUUCCACUAUCUGCAGUGUCUCUCCAGCUGUCAGAGUUUCUCUCUAUCUGUCCCUUCAGAAGAUUGGGGAGCCGGGUACGGCGGACCCGCAGACAGCGGAGGGGAGAUUCCCUGCCGUCGAAUGCGCAGCGGCAGCUACAUCAAGGCCAUGGGCGACGACGACAGCGCUGAUUCAGAGACGAGCCCUAAAGCCUCACCCAAAUCUACCCUGGUCGCCCAGAGGGACGCCUUCAGGCGGUCUAUAAGCAUGGAUCCAAGGUACUCCUGCAAGCAGUGCACAGAUUCCUACCCGAACACCAGAACAGCACCAAAAACCCACACUCGUUCUCGCAGUUACACACGCUCUCUGACCAGCGCUCAGCUCGGAGACACGUUGAACCAUCAGUUUGAGACGGUUUGUGAAACCAUGUUCGGGGAGGUGGAGUCCCAGGCCGUCGAGGCUCUGGAUCUUCCCGGCGUGUUCCGCACUCGCAGCCACAGCUACGUGCGGGCCAUCCAGGCGGGCUGCUCCCAGGACGACGACUGCCUCUCGGUCUUCUCCAUGUCUGGCCCACAGGGGAGCAUCAAGGGUGGGGCCGUCUGUCCCUUCUUCUUUCCUUAUCGUAAAGGUGCUCCUCCUCCUCUACCACCUCGCAUGUCAAAGUCUUCUCUGUCGGUGAGAGCCCAGAGCAGUACCGAGUCCACCCAAGAUGCCUACUUCCAGAGCGGCGGGCCAAUGGCUUCAGGCCCCGGCCCGGGGCGCCCCAAGCAGCACAGCAACUCUGUAGACCUCGGCGGCUCCGAGGGGCCCUCGGGUCGCACCUCCAGGGGGGGCUACUACACAUCCGGUGGUCCCGGGCGUUCCCGUCAGCACAGUAACUCUGCGGAGAGUCUAGAUGGGGUCAGGGGUUCGAGGGAGCUGGUGCCCUACGGAGGGGGUCCGGGAGUGGGAGUGAGGGCCAAACACAGCUGCUCAGCAGACAGCCUGCUGG